AUGCCUGCUCUUGUCUUGUUCAAUCGGAGAUGGCACGUGAACGGGGACGCUGUAUUUAUACCAGGUUUAAUCGAAAUAUUUUUCAGAUUCAUAUGGUUGAUUGCCAUUGCUGCUGUGUUCAACAACCAAAAGGAUAAAUUAAACUACAAUGAAUGUCACCUGAUACUGUCUGCUUUUAAAAAUCAAUAUUUAACCACCUCACUUUUUUCUUUUCCUCUUCUUCUUCUUCUUCUUCUUUCCUCUUCUUCUUCUUCUUUCCUCUUCUUCUUCUUCUUCUUCUUUCCUCUUCUUCUUCUUCUUCUUCUUUCCUCUUCUUCUUCUUCUUCUUCUUUCCUCUUCUUCUUCUUUUCUCCCUCCUAUUCUUCUUCUUUUCUCCUCCUAUUCCUUCUUUUCUCCCUCCUAUUCUUCUUCUUUUCUCCCUCCUCCUCCUCUUCUUCUUUUCUCCCUCCUCCUCCUCUUCUUCUUUUCUCCCUCCUCCUCCUCUUCUUCUUUUCUCCCUCCUCCUCUUCUUCUUCUUUUCUCCCUCUUUCCUCUUCUUCUUCUUUUUCUCCUUUUUUUUUCCUCCUCUUCUUCUUCUCCUCUUUUCUUCUCCUCUUCUUCUUUUCCUCUUCUUCUUUCUUUUCUCCUUUUCUUCUCCUUCUUCUUUUCUUUUCUCCUUCUUCUUUUUUUUUUCUCCUUCUUCUUCCUCCUUCUUCUUUUCUUUUCUCCCUUCUUUUUCUUCUUCUUUUCUCCCUUCUUCUUCUUCUUCUUUUCUCCCUUCUUCUUCUUCUUCUUCUUUUCUCCCUUCUUCUUCUUCUUUUCUCCCUUCUUCUUCUUCUUUUUUCUUCUUCUUUUCUCCCUUCUUCUUCUUCUUCUUCUUCUUUUCUCCCUUCUUCUUCUUCUUUUUUCUUCUUUUUCCAUAUAUAG